UCUAGAUCACAAUUAUAAUUCCUUACAUUGCUUAAUAACCCUCGUUUAGUCCUUGUUAGUAGGUGGAUAUUCCCAAGGUCAUUUCAGCAUUGCUACAAGGUCGUUCGUAAACUACAGUCUCAUUACUUAUUGGAAUCAACACUGUUCGUUAUGAGUAACAUCUACGUUACCGAACCAGCAACUCAUGGUAAAGUUAUUCUAAAGACCACAGUUGGGGAAAUAGAAAUUGAGUUAUGGUCCAAAGAAGCCCCUAAAGCAUGCAGAAAUUUUGUCCAGCUGUGUAUGGAGGGCUACUAUAAUGACACAUCAUUCCAUCGGCUUGUUCGUGGUUUCAUCGUUCAGGGUGGAGAUCCGACAGGUACUGGAGAAGGUGGAGAAAGUAUAUACGGACAACCCUUUAAGACGGAAAUUCAUUCAAGACUAUCCUUCAAUCGUCGUGGCCUUGUUGGGAUGGCAUGCCUUGAAGAAAACAUGAACGGGAGUCAGUUUUCUUCACUCUAGGGUCGGCUACAGAACUUACAGGAAAACACACAUUGUUUGGUCGUGUGGCUGGUGAAACUCUGUUCAAUAUGCUGCGGCUCGGUGAAGGAGAUGUAGGCCGAAACGAACGACCGUUGAGGCUUCAUCGGAUUGUUAGCACUUAUGUUAUACUCAACCCAUAUGACGAUAUUGAACCGAGGCAUCGGCCAAAGAAGGUAGUUAAAUCAGGUCCCGAAGAGGAAGUUAAGGUCACUGCAAAAGCUACAAAGUAAGUCAACCUAUCUCUGUAAAAUAGACUUAAUUUUCGAAAACGUAUAUAUCUUGUUAUCAUAACUAGUUGUAAAAGAUUUGGAGGAAGAAGUGUUUGUUUCAGUUAUAUUAUUACAGUCGUUUACAUGAAAUCGUAACCUAUUCUUAACUGGUGUUUGAUAACUGGCCAUGAUUGUCUUAUACGUGACAUAGUUUCAGUAAGUAUUUUAAAAGACUGACAGCUAAUAUGUUAAUCAGUGUUAAUUUAUUAAGUUAAACGAUGUAACAAGGAUAAAUAGAUGUAUACAAACACAAAAUGAAACUGUGAAGUGAAAAAAACGAGGAUAAUAUAGUGGGGGUAAAAGGAAAUCCGAAAUUGCUUGAGGCUUUCACUUUUGCUUAUUGCAGGUUAGGGAGUCAAAUUACUUUUUAAAUGAAAAUUCAGGUGUUUUGAACGUGUUUUCCUGAUUUCUAUAGUUUAAAGAAGCUUAAUUCGCCAAGUGACCAAAACAGUAAAAUGAUCUAAAAUUGAGCUGUCGAGCUAAAAUUCUGUUUUUUUAAGAAAUGCAACUAAAAACGAACACUAGAUUGCGUCAAUGUAUGUUACUUUGUAGGUGAAUUUUCAGAUCCCCACUGAAUGGAGUAGAUGCGGCAGUUUAUCAUUCAAGCAUAUUUGAAGCAUUUUGCUUGAAAAAUUUAUUCAUAGCUUUACUGUGAGAUAGGUUUUUUCCCAAACAAUGGAACAAUAGAUAUCUAAGUAUUUCUACCGAUGAGAAACUGUCGCAUUCUUUAAAACUGAGUUGUGCGUUACAAAGCUGUGGACCAGUAUCAUAUCGACUGUAUUCAUUUCGUAUGCCAUGCAAGUACCCAACCGUAGCUGCUACCCUGAUUUGGUGGUCGGGUUUGCCUACUGUGAUGACUCAACGAGCCAUAUUGGCUGGAACACUUGUUCCUUUAGGUCCUUCCAUGCCAGGCAGGUUGGUUGGAGAACGGUAAGACUAAAAGCACCAACUUAAGGCCCGAGGGCGGAGUUCAACAGCACCAUUCAACCAAACGGGACAGUAAGAACUCGGAGAGUUAAGGACACAUGCCGUCGCCUUUUCAUUGUCUCUGCGUACGUUCCCACUGAUUGGAGGUCAGAUGAAGUUAAAGAUGAAUUUUAUGGGAAGCUAUCAAACCUCUUUCAAAAAGCUAAACUCUCUGGUUUGAUACGUUUCAGGUGACUUUAUUGCUCAAGUCGGUAAACUAAACCACUUAGGCGGAUUUUACAGUGUUACAGCUCAGCGAACAGAUAAUGGCAGCCGUCUGUUGCAACUGUGCUCAGAUAACCGUUUAUUUCUGGCAAACACCAACUUUAAACAUGAGGAGAAACAUCAUCUGACAUGGAAACUUCCACAAUCGACUCAUCGAUGAAGUCAAAUAGACCACGUUACUACUAGCCAUCGUUGGAGCGACUCGAUAGAAGACUGUCACUCAUUUUGGAGCACAUUAGACCUGGAUCAUGCCCUCUUUUGAGCAAGUAUUUAUCCACGUCUUUCUAGAUGAAUAAAAGCUCCAACAAGAAAACCCCUCGGAGUUUAACUUAAUGAUAGAUAAGCUAAGAAUAUAUUUCAGGAACAACUAGAGGAGUUGGUCAACAGUGAAAGUGAUAUCCACCCCGAGGUAGCUUAGUAUGACAUCCAAAAAGCUGGGGAAUCAGCAGUAGUAUCUAUUAGUAAUCAAAAGGUUUGGAAAAAUCAGCUGAUUUUAGUGUCUUUGUAGAACUGAUAGAUGUUCGAAAACUAAUUCCGUCCCAGUCUGAACACAAUGAGGAGCUGAGGCAGAUUAAACGUAGGCUGAUCAUAAUCUUACGUAAUGAUGAUCAUGAGCGGUGGUAGCGAAUGCAGAAAGGAUUGGAAACGCAGCAGUGAUAGGUAACUGCAGAGAGCUGUUCAGACUUAUCAAGGAGGCGGGUAUUAAAAAUGUGGCUGUUAGUCAAACUAUCUCGGAAAAAGGGGGGACUGUUACUCACUCUCAAACCAGAAGAUUGGACCGAUGGGCAGAAAACUUUAGGGAAAAGUUCAACUGGUCUUCAACCUCACUUCAGUUACCCACUAUCUGAAUGGCAAACUGAUGUAAGUCCUCCAACUCUUAGUGAGGUUGAGAAGUCUAUAAUUAAACUAAAGUGAGGGGAAGCAUCAGGACCUAACGAACCAAGCCCUGAGAUUUUUAAGGAUAGUGGUCAAAUUUUAGCAGUUAGAUUAACUGAGAUCUUAGCUAAAAUCUGGGAACUGAACGUAAUCCCAUCUGACUGAUUCCGAUCUCUGAUCGUCCCAGUUUAUAAGAAAGGACAAAAAUCCUCUUUUAACAAUCACAGAGGAAUCGAUUUAGCUAAUAUAGUGUCUAAAGAAUUAGCUUCAAUAAUACUUCGAUAUCUAACUAGACCUUGUGGAGAGUAAACCAGAGAAAAAUUGGCUGGUUUCAGAUUUGGACAUAGAUGUAUAGACCAAAUAUUCACCCUUCAUCAGAUUCUGGUACAUAGAUAUACUUUUUGACACCUUACUAUUAUUGUAUUGCUUGACCUUAUUACAGCGUUCGAAUUUGUUGAUUGUGAGGUUCUGUGGCGUUGUCUCAUUUAAAGACGUACCAAAUAGUUACAUUAACCUUGGACAGGCUCUCUUCUCGAACACUUUUGGUCGGGUCUAAGCUUGUGGCUAACCGUCGUCGGAAUUGGUUACUUUAAGUGAUGUUCGUCAGGGUUGUCCCCUUUCUCCACUUUUAUUUAACUUUGUUAUAUACAUGCUUUUACAGAUAACACUUUCAUUGUCCAACUUUUCGAGGGUCGAUCUUCUACCAGGAGGUUCAAUUGUUGACUUAGAAUACGCAGAUGAUAUGGUUCUGUUUGGUGAAGACGUUGACAAAGCGCACAGUCUUCUGACCACCUUGAUCAACAAUGCAAGCAUGUUUGGGAUGCGGCUCUCUCUCUCUCCAAAUGUAAAAUGUAACUUCAAGAUUGGCCUGCGUCAUCGCCCUAAUUAUUGUUAGGGAGUGAAGUAGUUGAACACACUGACCGCUUCGCUUGUCGCGGAAGUCUCAUCAGUACUGAUAGUCUGGUGUCUGGAGAAAUCUCGGAACGGAUUCAGAAGGCUAGCUUUUCUUUCGUCAACUUGCGUUACUUGCAGUGUAGGACGAUAUCUGUAGGUUACUGGUGUUUGAUCAUAAUUGUCUACAAAGCACUGCUCGUGUAUUCUGGGACCACGGAGUAAGUAGUGCCAUGGAUUAGGAAUAGAGUACUAGGUAAAGAUAGUAAAUUGAUUAGUAAGGCAGUAAAUUUUCUGGUGCAGAAGCAGGCUGGGAGAAAGCUAGGGGCAGUCACAUCAAUACAUGUUAUCAGUCCAUGAAGUCACUGACAACUGAACUUCAGCAUGUUAAUAGGUACGGACUACCUGGUUAGUGUCCGUGUGGCUAUUAUAACCAAUGGUUAGAGACUUGGAAUGACAUGGCUCGAAAUCGUUUGCAACGGCUCAGGUGCAUCCAUUCUCUAUCUUCUCCUGAAUCCUGAGCUUCUGAAUCCCUCAUAAAUUUUUUCAUGUUUUAUUUCACUAAUUUAUAUUUUAUAUAUUAUCGUAUCUAACGGGAUGUGGCAACUUGAACCGAUGUACAUAGGUAACAGGUUCGACGUUGUGAUCGACUGAAACUAAGAAACAAACUGGGUUGUGGCACCUACUAGCAUCAUGUUUUGUUGCUACCUGAGUUGCCGAUCCACUACUAUGCCGUGUUUUGGAUGUAGAACCUUCAGGCCUCACGACUUUCAGACUACUAAACUAGCGUUUGAUGGUCUACAUAUCUUAUUUCAGUCUGUCCUCGAUGUUACACAACCGUCUUCCUAUUGCAUUGGUCAAUAACUACUUCGCACCCAGACUAGCUGAACUGCACUGGUCGCGGUUUCUCAUUAUAACUUCAGGAAUUACCUCUCAAAAUUAGUCAUUAAUAAGCAAAAUCUGACAAUUGAAUUUUAACAAGUGAAAUAUAUUCGUCACUAUUAUCCUAACUUUACGUUUUAUUUUGAAUAUAUUAAUCAUUUUAUAAUACUUAUCUUACUGGUAUUUCUACGUAAUACUAUUUACUAACAAAAUUCCCUGUAUUAUACCAUUGGUAAUUUUAUUAAUCGUUUAUUCUGUAGGAAUUUUUCUCUUCUGUCUUUCGGAGAAGAAGCAGAGGAAGAGGAAGAAGUUGUAAACACAGUAGUUGAGAAAUUUCGACAAAAGAGUAAAAGUGCUCAUGAUCUCCUUUCUGAUCCUCGUCUUAGCUCAAUCCCGGUGACGAUAAGCGAUGAAGAUGCUGAGGCAGUUAAUCGUGCAAAAUCAGAAUUAGAAAAAGAAAUUCAAGAACGACAACGGCGACGUGAUGCAACACACCUUCAAGAAGAUGAAGCUAAAGCCAAACGAAUUGAAAUGUUGCGACAAGAAGCUGAGGAAUUACGUCGUCAAAUAGCAUUGUCAAAGCGCGCUGAAAAAAACAAACAGUCGAAAGAGAAGGAAGAAUUAGAACGUAAGGCCCGUGAAGCUCAAGAGCAAAAAGAACAAGAAGAAGCUGCCUUGGCCCGCUGGGAGGCUAAACAAAAAGGCGAACUUGAUGGUGAUUCAAAGACUACUCAACCUUUGGUAGAUGAUUUAGAAACUUUUUCAGCUGAUUUUGCCAGUUACAAAGCAAAGUCAAAAAAAGCUAUAAAGGGUUCUGAACGUGAAGCUGUAACUUUAUCAUUGUUGGAACGAUUCGGUAAUCGUCUUCGUAGUGUUAUUGGUUCCGAAGAAUCAAACGAAGAACUUUGCAAAUUUUCACCUAUGGAUGAUUGGAUGAAAAAUCGUCUAGUAUCGGAAGUUCCAACACCAGCUAGAAAAGUUCUUGAUCCUACUAUGCCACAUCCUGAUCGUUAUGAUUUGUAUGAUCCUAGAAAUCCUCUUAAUGUUCGUAAGAGGGGUGGAGAUGUGGAAAGUAUGAUAGAGAAAAAAUCUCGGCGUGUUUAAGAUGUUUCUGACAAAUUUGUAUUCAUUUUUCUGUACAUAAGUUGUUGUGAAUGUAUUUUAUACAGUGGAAUGCAGCACGUUUCUUCUAAUGAAUUAUAUAAGUUUUUGUAAUUCUUGAUUCACUUCCCUUACAAAACAAUCAAGUUUGUAAAUAACUGAUUUUAUUAACACACACUAUUCAACCCAAAACUACUGAAUUUCUUGAUGACCUGAAUUUGUGUCUUAUGUUGAUGAUAAGCUUCAACUGUAAUUGUUGAGGAAAAUUUAAAUAUUUAUGUAGAUUAUAUUAAUCAAACAAAAGUAUGCUGAUUCAACUGAUUGAACAAUGAGACAGCACUUCGAUAUUCAUUAGAAUGAACUUAAGAUUAUCGCUUUUUUGUUUCCGUCACACAGCUAGAG